UUCUGGUUUCUAAGGAGAUGUUAAAGCUUUGCCAGGUAUAAUCCACAGUCCUGCAUUUAAAGGUUGUAGAGAGGCUUUGCACCAUCACGUGACCCCUAUAGCAACGGUACCUACGCCGCCAUGACACCGGGCACACUAUGUCAUUGACUUCAGCGGCAUCAGAGACACAUGGGUUUUGUUGUUUUGUUGUGUAUUUGGUUGUUCUAGAUGCUCUGAAAGGGAUAAAACGAUUUGUUUCUUCACUGUUCCUCUGGAAAUGACUCAUCAGGAGCUCAAACAAGGGAAUUAUCGAAAAAAAGACACGGAUUAUAGCCAGCAAAAAUAAACCGCAAAGAGAUUUCCAAUGAUACCAUCAAGACACCCGAAGUUUCAUCAAGGUGGGCGUGUGCUUGGCUCGUUCACCCUGAACGACAACGGCGGCGCACGGACUGUCCACGCCACUGGCACUGGGGGCAGACAGACGCAAAACGACAAAACACCGGGAUCAUCCACGGACACGGGGAGGAGCGCGGACGGACGGACGGACACGGGGAGCGCAGCAGCGUCACUGGGCAGGGGCCGGCGGUCGGUCAGCUCGGGGCGUUCGGAGACGGAGAGAGAGAGGCGGAGGACAGGGAGGACAGCACUCAGGAGGAGGAGGAGGAGGAGGAGGCAUGGGGCAGAUCCAUGCUCUCUGCUUUCUGCUGCACACCGCCCGAGCCCGCACUGAUCCGAGCGUUGCAAUGAACCACGGCGAGGCGCGAGCGUGAGCAUUGCGCACACCAGAAGGAGGCACCGGGCACGCACGGGGCUGAUGGCUCCACACUGACACAGUGCUAUGGCGCUCAUGAUUCCUCCGGUGAAGCUCAAGUGGUUGGAGCAUUUGAAUGGCUCCUGGAUCACAGAGGACAGUGAGUCUGUGGCGACGCGGGAGGGCGUGUCCGCACUUUACUCCAAACUUCUGUCCAACAAAGAGGUGGUUCUUCUGCCGCAGCAGGUGCUGUGCCUCAAAGGGCCUCAGCUGCCGGACUUCGAGCGCGAGUCUCUGUCCAGCGAUGAGCAGGAGCAUUACCUGGACGCGCUGCUGGGCAGCCAGCUCGCCCUGGCCAAGAUGGUGUGCUCAGACUCUCCUUUCGCCGCCGCGCUGCGUAAACGUGUGCUGGUGCUGCAGCGCAUCUUUUACGCUCUUUCCAACAAAUACCAUGACAAAGGCAAAGUGAAGCAGCAGCAGCACUCCCCCGAGAACAGCUGUGGCUCCACAGACCUGCAGUCUGUGAGUGAGAGGCCACGUUCCAGCACAGAUGCCCUCAUAGAGAUGGGCGUCCGCACAGGGCUCAGUCUGCUCUUCGCUCUGCUCAGACAGAGCUGGAUGAUGCCCCCUCCUGGCCCCUCUACUGCCCCCGGAGGAACUAUUAACCUCUGCAAUGACGUCAUCCACACGGCCAUCGACGUGGUCAGCUCCCUCCCUCCUCUGUCUUUAGCCAAUGAGAGCAAGAUCCCACCUAUGGGCUUGGACUGCCUGGCUCAGGUCACCUCCUUCCUCAAAGGGGUGACCAUGCCAAACUCUGGGGCGGACAUUCUGGGUCGGCGGUUGGCAUCGGAGCUGCUGCUGGGGUUGGCCUCUCAGAGGGGCUCCCUGAGGUACCUCCUGGAGUGGAUUGAAAUGGCUCUGGCUGCGUCAGCUGUGGUCAGUACGAUGGAGCAGAGCCAGAGUCUGAGUCUGGAGGGUCUGAUCAGCUACGACUGCUUCAUGAACAUCCUGAUGCAGAUGAGGCGCUCUCUGGGCUCCUCUGCAGAUCGCAGUCAGUGGAGAGAACCGACCCGAACGGCAGACGGCCUCUGCUCUUUAUAUGAGGCCGCCCUCUGUCUGUUUGAAGAGGUGUGCAGGAUGGCGUCAGAUUACUCUCGAACCUGUGUGAGCCCGGACAGUAUCCAGGCGGGCGAGGCUCCUCUGGUGUCUGAGAGCUGCGAGGUGUAUGUGUGGGGCAGUAACAGCAGCCAUCAGCUCGUGGAGGGGACUCAAGAGAAGAUCCUACAGCCCAAACUUGCCCCAAGCUUUGCAGAUGCACAGACAAUCGAGGCUGGUCAGUACUGCACCUUCGUCAUCUCUUCUGACGGGUCCGUUCGCGCCUGUGGGAAGGGCAGCUACGGGCGCCUGGGCCUGGGCGACUCCAACAACCAGUCCACCCUGAAGAAGCUGACGUUCGAACCCCACAGAGCCAUAAAGAAGGUGUCGUCGUCCAAAGGGUCCGACGGGCACACGCUGGCGUUCACCACGGAGGGAGAGGUGUUCAGCUGGGGAGACGGUGACUACGGCAAACUGGGCCACGGCAACAGCUCCACUCAGAAGUAUCCCAAACUCAUACAAGGACCGCUGCAGGGGAAGGUGGUGGUGUGUGUGUCUGCUGGAUACAGACACAGCGCAGCGGUCAGUGAAGAUGGAGAGCUGUACACGUGGGGAGAAGGAGAUUUUGGGAGAUUGGGUCAUGGAGACAGUAACAGCCGUAACAUCCCCACUCUGGUCAAAGACAUCAGUAACGUCGGAGAGGUGUCCUGUGGGAGCUCUCACACCAUCGCUCUGUCCAAGGACGGGCGCACGGUCUGGUCCUUCGGAGGCGGAGACAACGGGAAACUAGGCCACGGCGACACCAACCGGGUUUACAAGCCGAAAUUAGUUGAAGCUUUACAAGGAAUGUUCAUAAGGAAAGUGUGCGCCGGGAGCCAGUCGUCUCUGGCGCUCACCUCCACGGGACAGGUGUAUGCGUGGGGCUGCGGGGCCUGUCUGGGCUGUGGUUCGUCCGAGGCCACAGCUCUGAGGCCUAAACUCAUCGAGGAGCUGGCCACGACUCGAGUGGUGGACAUUUCUAUAGGAGACAGCCACUGCCUUGCUCUCUCACACGAUAAUGAAGUGUACGCUUGGGGUAAUAACUCCAUGGGGCAGUGUGGACAGGGGAACUCCACUGGACCCAUCACCAAACCAAAGAAGGUAGUGGGUCUGGACGGAGUCGCCAUCCAGCAGAUCUCAGCCGGAACAUCUCACAGCCUGGCCUGGACCGCACUGCCCAGGGACAGGCAGGUGGUGGCUUGGCACCGUCCGUACUGUGUGGAUUUAGAGGAGAGCACGUUCUCUCAUCUAAGAUCUUUUCUGGAGCGAUACUGUGAAGGCAUCAACAGUGAAGUGCCUCCUCUGCCCUUCCCUUCAUCCAGGGAACACCAUAACUUCCUGAAGCUGUGCCUGCGUCUCUUGUCCAAUCAUCUCGCUCUGGCGCUGGCGGGGGGCGUGGCCACCAGUAUCCUGGGGCGACAGGCCAGACCCCUCAGGAACCUGCUCUUCAGACUCAUGGACUCCUCUGUGCCCGACGAGAUUCAGGAGGCUGUGAUUGAGACUCUGUCGGUUGGAGCCACGAUGCUGCUGCCUCCGCUCAGAGAGAGGAUGGAGCUGCUCCACACUUUACUGCCUCAGGGCCCCGACCGCUGGGAGAGCCUCUCCAAGGGACAGAGGAUGCAGUUGGACAUCAUCCUGACGAGCCUGCAGGACCACACCCACGUGGCGUCUCUGUUGGGGUACAGUUCACCUGCAGACUGCCCGGAGCUGCUGUCGAGCUCGGGCUUCACUCAGUCUCCUGACCCGGACUACAGCAGCGCAGGCAGCCACCCCGACACUCACCUCGCAGAGAUACUCAUGAAAACACUGCUCAGGAACCUCGGAUUCUACACUGACCAGGCGUUUGGAGAACUGGAGAAGAACAGUGAUAAAGUUCUCCAGGGCACGUCGUCCUCGGACAGCAGCCAGCCCGCUCACCUGCACCAGCUCCUCUGCUCGCUACAGAAACAGCUCUUAGCGUACUGCCACAUCAACGCCGUCACCGAGACGUCCAGCAGUGUGGCUCUUCUCCACAAACACCUCCAGCUGCUGUUGCCUCACGCCACCGAUAUCUUCUCUCGCUCGGCCACUCUGAUCAAAGAGAGCUCCUGGAACGGCAGCAUACGGGAAAAACUGCAAGACGUGAUCUUCGUGUCGGCCGCCGGGAGCAUGCUGUGCCAAAUCAUAAACUCUCUUCUUCUGCUGCCGGUGUCCGUGGCCAAACCUCUGCUGUCCCACCUGCUCGAUCUGCUGCCCCCUCUGGACAAACUGAACAGGCUCCUCCCGGCCGCGGCUCCACUCGAGGAUCAGGAGCUACAGUGGCCUCUGCACGGCACAUCGGACUUUGCAGAGCCUUCUUCUGGCAUGUCUCAGACGACGUUGUCCUGGGUGUGGUUGGUGGACCUGGAGCGGACCGUGGCCUUGCUCGUGGGUCGGUGUCUGGGGGGGAUGCUCCAGGGCGCCCCCACGUCUCUGGAGGAGCAGGACACGGCGUACUGGCUCAAAACGCCCAUCUUCAGCAACGGGCUCGAGAUGGACAUACCACAGCUAGACUCGUGUAUCAGCUCCCUGUUGGAGGUGGCUCUCUCCGGGAACGAGGAGCAGAAGCCGUUUGAGUUCACUUUGGCCCCGGACCUCAGUGUCCUGGUGGAACUGGCCCUGGGCUCCUCCAAAGAACCAGCCAACGCCCUCUGGAUCAACAUGCAGGACUACGCCAUCAGCAAAGACUGGGACAACGCGUCUCUGAGUAAUGAGUCUCUCCUGGACACCGUCUCCAGAUUUGUAUUGGCGGCUUUACUGAAACACACUGGACUCUUGGCACAAGCCCGAGGAGAGGGGAGAUACCAGCCGUCUAAACUGUUGGCCGAGGUGUACCGUAGUGUUUACAAAGUCCGAAACCGCCUGUUGGCCUGUAAGAACAUGGACUUCAUCCAGACAAGGUCUUCAUCACGAGAGAGAAGGAUCUCAGAGAACCAGGACUCGCUGGACAUGGACCCUCAGGAGCACUCGUUCACUCGGACGAUCGACGAGGAGGCGGAGCUUGAGGAGCGAGCGGACAGAGAGAGAGAGGAAGGGCAUCAGGAGCAGGAGGAAGAGGAGGAGGACCGAGAGCACGAGGUCAUGACGGCUGGAAAGAUCUUCCAAUGUUUCCUCUCAGCUCGAGAAGUGGCCCGGAGCCGAGGGAGAGAGAGGGCGUCCAGCAGCACCGGGCUCGGCUCCACCACAGUGUCCCGGUCUGGAACAGGAGGAGGAGGAGGAGGAAGGAGGGGGAGGAGGGAGGAGGAGGCCUGUGUCAACCAGGAGGGCAGACGGGGCAGUGGGUCUCUGGUGGAGGGGCAGGACUUGUACACGGCGGCCUGUAACUCUGUGGUCCACCGCUGUGCUCUGCUCAUCCUCGGCGUCAGUCCAGUCCUGGGCGAACUCACCAAACAGAACCAGGAGGAGAACCAGAACCAGACUGCCCCAGGGACCCAGGACUGCCUCAGCUACAUGACACGGAGUGAGAGCAUGAGCGCAGAGAGCCGCUCGGUCCAGAGCAGCCCCAGUUACAGACUCAUGAAGUCCAGGAGCGAGUCUGACCUGUCCCAGCCUGAGUCUGACGAGGAAGGGUACAGCCUGAGCGGCCGCAGAAACGUUGACCUGGAUUUAACGUUCUCGCACAAGAAAAGAGGCCUGCUCUACAGCUCCCCGGACUCUCUGGCCGAGUCCUGGUUUAGGGCCAAGCUGAGCCGUCAGAGGAGCUACAGUUCGGCCUGUUCGUACGAGGAGUCGGACCUGGACCUGAACCGGUCCCUGGGGGUCCACGCUCUCAUCGACAACAUGCUGAGCUUCAUCAGCGGAGACGUGGGUUUGGCUCCGGCCUUCAGGGAGCCGGAGGAGAGCAUGUCCACCAGCCCCCAGGCCCUGGUCCUGGCCAUGGAGCAGCAGCAGAGCAGGGCGGAGCUGCGUCUCGAGGCCCUGCACCAGAUCGUAGUGUUGAUCUCUGGGAUGGAGGAGAAAGGCUCCGCUCCAGGGAACAGCGAGCGCUCCGGCCCCUUCCACUCCUCCUCCCUCCUCACCUCCGUCAGGCUGCAGUUUCUGGCCGGCUGCUUCGGUCUGGGCACAGUGGGCACCGGGGGGCUGAAGAGAGAGAGCGUGCAGCUACACCACUACCAGGACGGGAUAAAAGCAGCUAAAAGAAGUCUUCAGAUGGAGAUCCAGACUGCGGUUCAUAAGAUUUACCAACAGCUCUCAGUGACUCUGGAGAGAGCUCUGCAGGCCAACAAGCACCACAUAGAAGCUCAGCAGCGCCUCCUGCUGGUCACUGUGUUUGCCCUGAGCGUGCGGUACCAGCCUGUGGACGUGUCUCUGGCCAUCUCCAGUGGACUCCUGAACGUUCUGUCUCAGUUGUGUGGGACGGAGACCAUGUUAGGACAACCUCUCCAACUGCUGCAGAAACCUGGAGUGUCUCAGCUCAGCACGGCCCUCAAAGUGGCCUCCACCAGACUCCUGCAGAUACUCGCCAUCAGCACAGGGACGUAUGCAGACAAGCUGAGUCCCAAAGUGGUCCAGUCUCUGUUGGACCUCCUCUGCAGUCAGCUCAAGAAUCUGCUGUCUCAGGCUGGAGUGGGACAACUGUCCUCAGGGAAGGACCAGGACGAGAAGAAGCAUGAAGACGGCACAGACUCUGAGAAGAAAGACUUUAGAGCUGUUCUUCGCAGACAGCACACAGCUGAGUUACAUCUGGGAGACUUCUUGGUUUUCUUGAGGAGAGUUGUUUCGUCCAAAGCCAUCCAGUCCAAGAUGGCCUCCCCCAAAUGGACAGAAGUUUUGCUCAACAUCGCUGCUCAGAAAUGCUGCUCAGGCGUCCCGUUGGUGGGGAACCUGAGGACUCGACUUCUGGCUCUUCAUGUUCUGGAGGCUGUUCUGCCGGCGUGUGAGGCCAACAUGGAGGACGACCAGAUGACACAGGUUGUGGAGCGACUCUUCACCCUUCUGUCUGACUGCAUGUGGGAGGCUCCAGUCGCUCAGGCCAAACACUCAAUGCAAAUCAAAGAAAGAGUUCAAGAACUGAAACUACAGGGUGAGGCUGAGGAGGAGGAUGAGAACCUGCCGAUCCAGGAGGUGUCCUUCGACCCGGAGAAGGCGCAGUGCUGCGUGGUGGAGAACGGGCAGGGCCUGACCCACGGCAGCGGAGGGAAGGGCUACGGCCUCGCCUCCACAGGGAUCUCCUCUGGGUGUUACCAGUGGAAGUUCUACAUAGUGAAGGAGAACCGCGGGAACGAGGGCACCUGUGUGGGCGUGUCCCGAUGGCCCGUCCACGACUUCAACCACAGAACCACCUCAGACAUGUGGCUGUACCGAGCCUACAGCGGAAACCUCUACCACAACGGAGAACAGACACUGACGCUGAGCAGCUUCACCCAGGGCGACUACAUCACCUGUGUGCUGGACAUGGAGGCACGGACCAUCUCGUUUGGAAAGAAUGGAGAGGAGCCAAAGUUGGCGUUUGAAGAUGUGGACGCCACAGAACUCUAUCCCUGUGUGAUGUUCUACAGCAGUAACCCUGGAGAGAAGGUGAAGAUCUGUGACAUGCAGAUGCGUGGCACUCCUAGAGACCUGCUCCCCGGUGAUCCCGUCUGUAGCCCCAUGGCCACUGUUUUGGCCGAAGCCACGACUCAACUGAUCCGAAUCCUCCACCGCACCGACCACUGGACCCACCGCAUCAACAAAAUCAUGAUCGAACGCCUCCACAAGAUCAAACUGUGCUUUAAGGAGUGUGCCAGCUCUGCCGCCGGGGGCAGCGUGGGGCAAAGGCUGAAGAAAAGCCGCUCUGUGCAAAGCAGAGAAGAACACGACGCACAAAAGGAGAUUCAGGACACGCCCCCGAGGCCCGAGGAGGAGCGGGGGAGACACGGGAGGCAGCACGGGCUCGCAGAUCUGUCCGAGCAUCAUCUGAAAACGCUGUGUACCGAAGUGUGGCCCGUUCUGGCGGUGAUCGGGGGAGCGGACGCAGGUUUGAGAGUCGGAGGCAGGUGUGUGCACAAACAAACCGGGAGACACGCGACGCUGCUCGGAGUGGUCAAAGAGGGAAGUACAUCUGCCAAAGUGCAAUGGGACGAAGCCGAGAUCACCAUCAGCUUCCCAACUUUCUGGUCGCCUAGUGAUACGCCCUUAUACAACCUGGAGCCGUGCGAGCCGCUUCCGUUCGACGUCAUGCGAUUUCGAGGACUGACCGCCUCCUUGCUCCUGGAUCUGACGUAUCUGACGAGCAUUCACGAGGAAAACGCAGCCAAACUGAGCGCCCAAAGACAUUACAAAAAGCACAGGAGCCCCGCGUCGAGUGGCCAAGAGCAGAGCAACGCCGACGACAAAGCCGACAGCGACCACAACGAAACCAAAGACGCUCAAAAUAACGCUCCGUCGUCCGAUCUGAGAGUCUCGCACAGCUUGGACGAAGUCAAAGCGCACGCGGCUCCCAAUUCGAAAUCAGAAAGCGAGAUUUCCUACGUAGCGAAUGACAGUAUUUUCAGCCCGAGUUCUCACACGACGACGACGGCGGCGGCGGAGGGGAGCAGGAAGAAGGCGGGGCAUGAGCACGGCGGCGGGAGGAGUCACGAGUCUCCGUGUGCGGCGGUGACGCAGUCGGAGAUCCACGCCGUGCAGCUGUCGUAUCUGUACCUGGGAGCGAUGAAGGCGCUGAGUGCUCUGCUCAGCUGUAGCAAGUACGCAGAGCUGCUCCUCAUCCCAAAGGUUUUACCAGAGCCAGCGUCGUCUGGUCAUAACGCAGACCUGAACUCGAGUGCAGGAGCACCCCCUGCUGCUUCGUCUCCUGUGUGUCAGGAGGAGGUGGAGAUGAGAGCGGCUCUUCAGUUCCUGAUGAGACACAUGGUGAAGAGAGCUGUGAUGAGGUCCCCCAUUAAACGAGCCCUGGGUCUGGCCGAUCUGGAGCGAGCUCAGGCCAUGAUUUACAAACUGGUGGUCAGUGGACUCCUGGAAGAACCGAGCACAGGGAAAACCAAAACCGUGCGCAGUGAACCAGAGGGAGAGGCGGAGGGCGCAGAGGGCGAGCAGACGGCCCAGACCCCGGUCACCACGAGCCCCUCGGCCUCCAGCACCACCUCCUUCAUGAGCUCGUCUCUGGAGGAUACCACCACCGCCACCACCCCCGUCACCGACACAGAGACUGUCCCGGCCACAGAGUCUCCGGGGGUCAUGCCUCUCAGCCUCCUCAGACAAAUGUUCUCGAGUUACCCCACCACCACGCUGGGCCCUUCGCGCAGAGCUCAGACUCCCCCGGUCUCGUCUCUGCCCACGUCGCCCUCUGACGAAGUGGGACGCAGGCAGAGUCUCACCUCCCCCGACUCCCAGCCCUCCAGACCCCAGAACCGAGCCGGCACCUCGCUUUCAGACCCCACGAGUCGUCUGUCCACCUCUCCUCCUCCUCCCGCCAUCGCUGUCCCUCUGCUGGAAAUGGGAUUCUCUCUGAGGCAAAUCACCAAAGCCUUAGAAGCCACAGGAGCUCGCGGAGAAGCCGACGCUCAGAACAUCACCGUUUUGGCCAUGUGGAUGAUCGAGCACCCGGGAGAGGACGACCACGAGGAGACCAGACCCAGCAGCGUGGGGGGAGAGUCGGACCCCUCGUGCCCGGGAGCCACCGCCUCGUCCGGGGGGAAGUCUCAGGACCGCAGCCCCUACCUCUGCUGCCCCGGAGACAUCUCUAACGCGGACGCGGAGCUGGAGGAGGGGUUCAGCGAGAGUCCUGAGGGUCUGGAGCAGGAGAACGCCUCUGCCUCCAGUGGAGCUCCUCACAGGGGCAGAGCGGCCGGACGCAAACACAGAUUCGACCUGGCUGCGCGCACUCUGCUCGCUCGAGCUGCUGGUCUGUACCGCUCGGUUCAGGCCCACCACAGUCAGAGCCGCAGAGACGUCCCCCUCCCUCCUCUGCAGCAGCAGGACCCCGGAGCUCUGUACGACUUUAACCUGGACGAGGAGCUGGAGAUGGACCUGGACGAGGAGACCAUGGAGGCCAUGUUCGGACAGGACCUCAGCUCCGACUCCGAUAUUCUGGGAAUGUGGAUCCCAGAGGUACUGGACUGGCCAACCUGGCAUGUGUGCGAGGCAGACGACCGCGACGAGGUGGUGGUGUGUGAGCUGUGCGAAGCCAACGUCGCCAACUUUAACGCGCACAUGAAGAAGAGCCACCCGGGCUGUGGGCGCAGCGCCAACAGGCAGGGUUACCGUAGCAACGGGUCGUACGUGGACGGCUGGUUCGGCGGCGAGUGCGGCAGCGGGAACCCGUACUACCUGCUCUGCGGGAGCUGCAGAGAGAAGUACCUCGCCAUCAAGAGCAAAGCCAAAGUGCCCAUAGUGGAGAGGUACAAAGGCCAAGCUCCUGAUCUGCUCGGCAAACAGGACAGUGUCUACGAAGAGGACUGGGACAUGCUGGACGUGGACGAGGAGGAUAAGCUCACAGGAGAGGAGGAGUUCGAGCUGCUGGCGGGGCCUCUGGGUCUGAGCGAGCGGAGGAUCGUCCCUGAAGCCGUCCAGUUUUCAGACAGCGACCCCCUCGGAGCCUCCGUCGCCAUGGUGACCGCCACCAACAGCAUGGAGGAGACGCUGCUGCAGAUCGGCUGUCAGACGUCUGUGGACAAGAGCUCUUCAGGCAGAGUGACUCUGGGGGAGCAGGCGGCCGCUCUGCAGACGCCUCAUGACCGAGUGAUGGGUCUGAGGAGAGUGACGGCCGCCGCUCAGGUCCUGCUCGCGAGAACUAUGGUCAUGAGGGCCCUGUCUCUGCUCUCUGUCAGUGGCUCCAGUUGUAGUCUGGCUGCAGGUCUGGAGUCUCUGGGUCUCACUGACAUCAGGACUCUGGUCAGACUCAUGUGUUUAGCCGCUGCAGGACGGGCAGGUCUCUCCACCAGCCCCCCGUCCGGGUCCGGGCCCCACGAGAGGCCCCGCGGCGCAGCCAAGACCAGCAAACCCAUCUCCUGCCUGGCCUACCUCAGCACCGCCGUGGGCUGCCUCGCCUCCAACAGCCCCAACGCCGCCAAACUGCUGGUCCAACUCUGCACACAGAACCUGAUUUCUGCAGCGACCGGGAUGAACCUGACCACUGUGGAUGAUCCGAUCCAGAGAAAGUUCCUGCCCAGUUUCCUGAGAGGAGUCGCGGAGGAGAACAAACUCAUCACGUCUCCAAACUUUGUGGUGACUCAGGCUCUGGUGGCUCUGCUCGCGGACAAAGGAGCCAGACUCAGACCGGCCUACGAUAAAACCGACGUGGAGAAGAGAGGCCCCCUGGAGCUGGCUAACGCCCUGGCCGCGUGCUGCCUCUCCUCGCGGCUCUCCUCGCAGCAUCGGCAGUGGGCGGCGCAGCAGCUCGUGCGCACGCUGGCGGCGCACGACAGGGACAACAACCAGACGCGGCCGCAGACCUUCGCGGACAUGGCGGGAGACCUGAGGAAGUGCUCGUUCAUCAAGCUGGAGGCGCAUCAGAGCAGGGUGAUCACUUGCAGCUGGUGCAGUAAAAAAGGACUUUUGGCGACGAGUGGAAACGACGGAACUGUUCGACUCUGGACUGUGACCAAAAACCAGUACACGCUACAACAGACCUGCAUCUUCAACAAGAAUGACGGCUCUUCGGAGGAGGGGAUGUCUGGACUUGGAUCUCCCAGUGACCCGUCUCUCUCCCCGUUGGCCUGGAGCGUCACCGGGAAAUACCUCGCCUCUGCCAUGGAGAAAAUGGUCAACAUCUGGCAAGUCAACGGGGGUAAGGGGCUGCUGGACGUGCAGCCUCACUGGGUCUCUGCUCUGGCCUGGCCCCGAGAGGAGGCGGAGUCUCUGUGGUGUGGAGAACCCAAAGACCUGCUGCUGGUGGGACGCAUGGACGGGACCCUGGGUCUGAUCGAAGUCCUGGACUCCUCCUCUAUGCACCGCACCGAGCUCGAGCACUGCUACAGGAAAGACGUGGCAGUGAUGCAGAUCGCGUGGUUCAGUGAGGACAGACCUUUCGCUGUGGGAUACGCCGACGGGAAACUGCUGAUCGGGACCAAAGAGCCUCUGGAGAAAGGAGCCAUCGUGGUCAUCGACGCUCACAAGGAGUCCAUCACGAGUAUGAAGUGGAGUCCGAACGGUCAGAUGCUGCUGACUUGUGCCAAAGAGGAGACUGUGAAACUUUGGGGUGCAGAUCACAACUCUGGCUCCGGGUGGCGCUGUCUGCAGAGCAUCAGGAACCCGUCUGUGGUGAACGGAGUGGCCUGGUGCGGUCUGCCCGGACGAGCCCCCAGACCCCUCGCCAUGUUAGCCAUAUGUUGCCAAAACGGUCUGGUCUCCAUCUGGACUGUGCCUCAGGAAAUCUCAGACUUCCCAGAAUCCACCUGUGGAGUGGACGGAUGGUGGGAGAGCGACAACAAACCAAAGUUCAGGUGCUCCGGGUGGUCAGAGGAGGGCGCCGUGUGCGUGUUCCAGCUCAAAGGUCACAUCACCCCGGUCCGGACAGUGGCCUUCAGCCCUGAUGGUCUGGCUCUGGCCUCUGGAGGUUUGGGAGGCCUCAUGAACAUCUGGUCUCUGCGGGACGGCUCGGUGCUGCAGACUGUAGUGGCCGGGUCGGGGGCCAUCCAGAAUAUCGUGUGGGUCCCCGAUGUGGGCGUCGCCGUCUGCUCCAACAGGUCCAAGGAUGUGUUGGUGGUGAACUGCUCCAAAGAUUUCAUGUCUUCGAACCACGUCCUGGCCACGUGCCGCUCGGCGCUGAAGAGGCAGGGGGUGGUGGGGCUCAACAUGGCUCCGUGUAUGAGAGCUUUUCUGGAGCGGCUCCCCGUCAUGCUCCAGGAACAGUACGCCUACGAGAAGCCUCACGUGGUUUGUGGGGAGCAGUUGGUCCACAGUCCGUACAUGCAGUGUUUGGCUUCUCUGGCCGUGGGGCUUCACCUGGACACGCUCCUCUGUCGCCCCCCGGUGCCCCCUCACCUCAGACACUGCCCCCUGGAGUCCGGGCUGGCCGUGUGGACCGCCAGCGAGUGGGCGUGGCUCGACUGCUUCUCCACCACGGUGAAGGCAGCGGAGGCUCUGGCCCGAGGACUCACUUUCCCAGAAUCCUUCACUGUCCCCGACCUCGAGCCCGUGGCCAAAGAGGAGAUGGCUCUGCUCAUGGAUAACAGUAAAUGGGGCUCAGGGAUGGACGAGCAGAUCAUGUCUUGGGCGACUUCCAGACCAGAGGACUGGCACCUUGGGGGGAAGUGUGACGCGUAUCUGUGGGGAGCAGGACGACACGGGCAGUUGGCCGAAGCCGGAAGAAACAUCCUGGUGCCGACUAUAGCGCCCUCUUUCUCACAGGCUCAGCAGGUGGUGUGUGGUCAGAACUGCACCUUUGUCAUUCAGCCCAAUGGGACGGUGUUGGCCUGUGGAGAGGGAAGCUACGGCCGACUGGGACAAGGAAACUCUGACGACCUCCACGUGCUCACUGUCAUCUCUGCCCUACAAGGUUUCGUGGUGACGCAGCUGGUGACGUCUUGCGGCAGUGACGGACACUCCAUGGCCCUCACAGAGAGCGGGGAGGUGUUCAGCUGGGGAGACGGAGACUACGGAAAACUGGGACACGGAAACUCGGACCGACAGAGGAGACCGCGGCAGAUCGAAGCUCUGCAGGGCGAGGAGGUGGUGCAGAUGUCGUGUGGGUUUAAACAUUCAGCUGUGGUCACCGCCGAUGGAAAACUUUUCACUUUUGGAAAUGGAGAUUACGGACGACUCGGGCUCGGAAACACGUCGAAUAAGAAACUUCCAGAAAAGGUCACAGCACUGGAGGGGUACCAGGUCGGACAGGUGGCGUGCGGUCUGAACCACACUUUGGUCGUGUCCGCUGAUGGGAUGAUGGUUUGGGCGUUUGGAGACGGAGACUACGGGAAACUGGGACUCGGAAACUCCACGGCCAAGUCCUCUCCUCAGAAAGUGGACGUGUUGUGUGGAAUCGGGAUAAAGAAAGUGGCGUGUGGGACUCAGUUUUCUGUGGCUUUAACCAAAGAUGGAAAAGUUUACACAUUUGGCCAAGACCGACUGAUCGGACUCCCCGAGGGCAGAGCCAGGAACCAUAACCGGCCUCAGCAGGUGCCCGCUCUGUCCGGGGUCCAGGUGACGGACAUCGCUGUGGGGGCGGAGCACUCUCUGGUGCUCUCCUCCACCGGGGAAGUCUACACCUGGGGCAGCAACUCAGAGGGGCAGUUGGGUCUGGGCCACACGAAUCACGUCCGGGAGCCCACUUUAGUUGCUGCUCUUCAGGGUAAAAACAUCCAUCAGAUUUCAGCCGGACGAUGCCACAGUGCAGCCUGGAGCGCCCCGUCAGUGCCCCCCAGAGCCCCAGGCUCGUCUGUUCCUCUGCAGCUGGGUCUGCCUGUGUCUGUGCCUCCUCAGUUCAGUGCUCUGAGGGAGGUGAGUAUGGAGUCUGUUCGCGCUCGACUCCGGCUGCUCUACCACUUCUCUGACUACUCACUUUUUAAUAUAUUCAAUUAAUCAAUUAUCAACAUUAAACCCAAUACUCUCCCUGUUUCCCCCUGUCCUUCUCAGAGCUGUACGUCUCAUUAUAACGCCGGCACGUGGGGCAUCGUUCAGGGGCAGCUCAGACCCCUCCUCGCCCCCCGCGUCUACACUCUGCCCAUGGUCCGCUCCAUCGGAAAAACCAUGGUCCAAGGAAAGAACUACGGGCCCCAGAUCACCGUCAAACGCAUCUCUACACGCGGUCGUAAGUGUAAGCCCAUCCUGGUGCAGAUCGCUCGGCAGGUGGUGAAGCUGAACGCGUCCGACCUCAGGCUCCCGUCUCGGGCCUGGAAGGUGAAGCUGGUCGGGGAGGGAGCGGACGACGCCGGAGGAGUGUUCGACGACACCAUCACGGAGAUGUGCCAGGAGCUGGAGACUGGAGUGGUGGACCUGCUCAUCCCUUCACCAAACGCCACAGCAGAGGUCGGCUACAACAGAGACAGGUUCCUGUUUAACCCCUCGGCCUGCCUGGACGAGCACAUGCUUCAGUUUAAGUUCCUGGGGAUCCUGAUGGGCGUGGCCAUCCGCACGAAGAAACCUCUGGACCUGCACUUGGCUCCUCUGGUGUGGAAGCAGCUGUGCUGUAUCCCCCUGAGCCUGGAGGACCUGGAGGAGGUGGACCUGCUCUAUGUUCAGACGCUGAAGAGUAUUCUGUACAUCGAAGACAGUGGCAUCACAGAGGACAACUUCAACGAUAUGAUCACUCUGGACUCGUUCGUGGGGCAGAGCGCUGAUGGAAAGAUGGUUCCCAUAAUCCCCGGAGGCAACAGCAUCCCUCUGACCUUCUCCAACAGGAAAGAGUACGUGGAGAGAGCCAUCGAGUACAGACUGCACGAGAUUGACAGACAGGUGGCAGCAGUGCGAGAGGGCAUGUCCUGGAUCAUCCCCGUGCCCCUCCUCUCCCUCCUCACCUCCAAACAGCUGGAGCAGAUGGUGUGUGGCCUCCCCGAGAUCAGCUGCGAUGUUCUGAAGAAGGUGGUGCGUUACCGGGAGGUGGACGAGCAGCACGCGCUGGUCCAGUGGUUCUGGCAAACGCUCGAGGAGUUUUCAAACGAGGAGAGAGUUUUGUUCAUGCGCUUCGUGUCCGGACGCUCCAGGCUCCCGGCGAAUACAGCGGACAUCUCCCAGAGGUUUCAGAUCAUGAAGGUGGACAGGCCGUACGACAGUCUCCCCACUUCCCAAACGUGCUUCUUCCAGCUGCGUCUGCCUCCGUACACGAGCCAGAGCGUCAUGGCGGAGAGACUGCGCUACGCCAUCAACAACUGCAGAUCAAUCGACAUGGACAACUACAUGUUAUCCAGAAACGUGGACAACGCCGAGGGGUCGGACACGGACUACUGACCCCUCCAAAGAACUACAAACGAACUACACAAAGACUACAAAUCCCGACACAAACUCUGCUGCGAUCACGCGGCAUUUUACCUGCAUCGAAACAGCACAGCGUUCAUCGUCGCCCACUUGUUUAUUAUCAAUUAUCAUUUUUUAACGACACAUUUGAAAAGUGCAUUAGUGAGUUCUGUUUUGGUUUUUGCAUGGACUGGUAUUCAUUUUGGACAAAAAGAAAAUGUAAAAAGCGUGUUGAAAGAGUGAGGAAAAAAGGGGAGAUCUUAAGUGUACAUUGUGUAAAAUUCUUCAUUUGAGAAAAAAGAUGUUUUACAUAAAAAUCCAUAUUUAUUGUUUUCAUUGCCUUUUGAGGAAGUCCCCAGAGCAACGACAAUAAAUGCUGCACAAUGAAAA